CGCACCGGAAAUGAAAGCGAAAAUCGUAAAUAAGAAAAAUGAUUAAAUUGCUGUGAAAAAUCUGUUUUUUUGAACCAUUCCUGUGUGGAACAGACUCCUAGCCAGCAUUGCUGAGGCUCCUUCUUUGGCAUCAUUCAAGAGGGAGCUGUCUGCCCAGCCCUUCUAAGGGCUCUGUUGCAUCUCAGAUGACGGGGGAGCACUGCCAACUGGACCUUGUGUCAUGUUUGAUGUGAAGUUGACUGAAUUACAAUAAGUAUGGCUUCGAGGACAAAACGACAGAAGAGCUCAGAUGCGCGUCUUAUGUAUGGUACUUGCCCCGACGAGGGUUGUCAAGCGAAACUUUACUUUCCUUCUUACGACAAGAGUAUAGAAUGUACAAAUUGCGGACAGAGGCAUGAACGUGCUACACUGAAAAAUGUUGCUGAGGUUACUAAUCCUGACGUUGCUUUACACAAUUUGUUGAAAAAUAUUCUACUUGGUAAUGUCAAGCCAAAGAAAGGGGCUGAUAAUGUCAAGGUGUUAGGCUUAUCAAACUAUGUCUGUAAAUUAAUAUCACCAAUUCUAACCUACUAUGGGAUUGACAAAGAAAUUGGUAAAGCCAAACUGUUAUCAGAGAUGGGCAAAGGAGAAGUAUUUGAUGUUAGUAUCCUUGGAGAUCGUGCGUUCCUCAUUGAAGAAGAGCACUUAGAUGUGAUAGGUUAUGGGAAGGACAGAUCAGGUAGCUUGUUCUACCUGGCAGACACUUUGAAUGAUAUUAAGUCAUUCAACGAGAAUCAAGUAUGUUUAGUACCUAUACAUGCAGAUGGUGAUGGGCACUGUCUCGUACAUGCAAUUUCGAGAGCUUUAGUGGGACGAGAACUGUUCUGGCAUGCAUUGAGAGUAAACUUAAAAAUGCAUAUGACAUCAAGUCUUGACAAGUACAAACUACUAUUUAAAGAUUUUGUCGACAAAGACGAAUGGGAUUCAAUAAUUGAAGAGUGUGAUCCGUAUUACAUUCCACCAGAAGGAGAAGCCCAUGGGUUGCGCAAUAUUCACAUAUUCGGACUUGCCAAUGUUUUACACAGACCUAUUAUAUUGCUUGAUUCAAAAAGUGGAAUGAAUAGUUCAGGGGAUUAUUCAGGAGUGUUUUUACCAGGCCUGGUAUCACCAGAUAAGUGUAAAGGAAAAGAUGGGACACUAAACAAACCACUGUGCAUUGCUUGGAGUAGUUCUGGACGGAACCAUUAUAUACCGCUUGCUGCUGUGAAAGGUAAAGGAGCAGCUAUGUUACCGAGUUACAUGGUGCAGAAGUCCUGGGGAAUGCCAAAAGAAGAAAUUCCUAAAUAUAUAGAAUUUGACAAAAUGUACAGGUGUUCUGUUGGUGGAGACAAAUGUUUGACUGAAAGGUACAUGCGUCAUCUUGUAGGUACAAUGGAAGAAGUGUUUAAAGAGAAGAAUGAUGUUAACCCAAACCUCGUUGCUGAUGUACACCAAUAUAUUUACAAAUCAGCAGGAAUAGUUGGGGUGCAUACUGAUGAAGUAAUAGACAGAACAAAGAACUCUGUGAAGGCCAAACAGUUGUACAGAUGUUUAAUGUGCGAAGCCCUGGUUGAGUAUGUUCUCUCUCAUGAAGAUUUUGAAAAGGGAGGUAAUCUGUACAAAUUGGCUGUCAGCAUUCACAAGAAACUGGAUCCAACUAAAAUGUAUUCAUUUCCCUUACAAGGUGCUGUAUGUUCCUAUGAUGAAAAGAAAGACUGCUUGGUUCCUGACUUGGAACGCAGCCAUCCAAAAACAUGUGCUUUUUGUUCUGGUGAGAUGUUACGUCAAGUUUGUACUGAUGGUACUAUUGUAUACAAAGAUGGGGAUCGUACUACAACUCCAUGUGUUGGUGGUAAAUGUCCAUGUGGAUUUAAACAUUUCUGGCAAGGAAAAGAGUAUGAUAAUCUUCCUGACAUUUUUCCUAUAAGUCUGCAGUGGGGAGGAAAAUCAGUUACAGAAAAAAUAGCCUGGUUUCAGUAUGAGAGUGAUCCUACACUGAACAGUAAUGUAUUUGAGGUGGCACAGUCUGUUGUCCAGAAACAUUUUCCAGGAGAGUUUGGUAGCGAGAGGUUAGUUCAGCGAGUUGUUGAUUCUAUCCUCGCUCAGUCUGCAAUGUUGAUACGACAGGAGGAAGGUGAGAAAGACAAAGAAGAACCAAUGGCUGAGGAACCAGUUGAUGCCUGGUCUGCAGAUACUGCUUCAAAAAUCAUCCUUACUGGACAAAAGAAAAAGACAAUACAUAAAGAAGAGCUGAUGAAAAGUGAAAAGGAAAAACAAGUACGAAAGAAUAUACAGACCAAGGCUCCUCAAACACAGCACAGGAAAACAACAGCGUUAGAGUCACAGAAACAGGCUUUUACAAGAUCUAAAGAAUCUCCAAGUAAAACGAGACAGAAGACAUGUACUGAGACGUCAACCCCUGCUGUAGCAAGUACUUCUCUCAUGUCACAGUCAGCAAUAGUACAACCUGUAGCUGGUGAGAAAAAAGUUCGACUUCAGACAUCAGAUGGAAGACAGGUCAUGCUUACCCUUGUCAAAGAUGUGACCUAUGCUGAGCUGCAGAAGUUGAUAUUUCAAUCUGUCAAGGUUCCAGCAGAUCAUCAGAAGUUACGUGUUGGUUUCCCGCCAAAACUUUUGGAGGCCCCACCAGAGGGGGAGGAAGAUAAAGUUGUUCCCUUACAUCAUGGUGAUAAGAUUGCUCUUGAGAUACUGCCAGAUCUCAGCUAUCCUGUUCAAGAAACUUCUCACCCACAUACUGGUAAAGUGACAUCAACAUGGAGCAGUUUUGAAGAGGAUGCACAGAGUCAGACUGCAGAAAAACUUCUACAGGCUCUUAAAGGUGUCCAGCAUGGGGGAGAUAAUAUUGAUACAUCAAUUGCCUCCCUGGGUAUUCUCAGUGCGGUCCAGGGGAAGGAUCUGUGGACGUAUGUUCAGGGAAUGCCACAUCUGUUUUCUGUUGGAGGUCUUCUGUACAACCAAGUGAAGAGAGAUUUAGGUCUGGUGGAUGGAAAACAUUGUCAGUUACCAGCUCUUCCUGGCAAGGUAUUUAGGUACAAUGGUGUAGAGGAUAGGCUAGAGCUGUGUCUGGAACCAUAUGGUCAUUAUCCAGUGGAGCCAAAUAUUGAACAGAAAGUAAAGGCUGCUGGGAUGGAAGGGUCUAAAGAGGAUGCAGAGGUGAAGUUUGGGGCCAGUGGAGCAAUACAUCAUGGUACCGAGAGACCAGCAUUCCUAGGUCAAGGUCAUUCAUUAAAGUCGACUAUGACAUUUGAUGAGCGCAUGCCUGUGGAUCUAGCUUGUGCCAAUCAUCACCCAGCAGCUAGAGGCAUACAUGACCUGUGUAGUCCACCUGGAUUACGAAAACAUAGCGACUCCAUAUCAGAGGAGCCAGAUGAAAUGCAAACAGACGAUUCUGGCAAAGAGAUAUCAUCUGAUGUGGCAUACCAGAGACUUGGUCCUGGGUACAGUGUCAUAGACCAAACAGCUUCCAACUCAGAAAAUUCUAACUUGGAGAUGUUUAGAGCACUAGCUGAACACAUUGAGAAAACACUGUCCUCUGAAGAUAUGGACAAGGAUGAAACAGUCGCAGUUCCAGACAAGGCUGACAAGAAAACAAGUGGUGAAGCUGUGACUGAGAUGGAAACUACUGUAGAACAGGCAUCUGCAGAGAGUAAAGAAACAUUGACCAAAGACAAUUUAGAUUGUGAAGAAAUGGAAGCUGAGGGUGUUCCUAAAGAUACUGUGGUUGUUAUUGAAGAAAAAGAAAAUGUUGAUGUGAUUGAAGAUAUGCAUGGGGAUCAAAACAUUUUGGAAAGUGAUAAUAUUGAAGGUGCUCAGAUUACUGAAAAUAAAUCUUGUGAUAAGUUUAGUGAUGUGAAACAGAGUGGAGAUGGUGAAGAAGCACAUCUUCAUGCUGGAAAAGAAAUGGAUAUUGAAGGUAACGGAGGAAAAAAAGAUAUCAUUAAAUGUGAAGUUGAUGUGGGUUCAAAAGAUGACAUUACAUGUAAAGACGAACUUGCAUCUAAAGUUGAAAAAUGUGGUGAAAUGGAAGGUGUUACAGAAGAAAAGAUAGAUCACCCUGAACAGAAGGUUGAAGAUAUGCUUGUGGAUAUUGAAAGGACAGACAAUAAAUCUAAAGGUGAUGAGGUUGAGAUGGGAGAUAGAGAAAAGUCUGAGGAUUCAAUGACAUGAGUUAGUGAUUUGUUAUAUAUUGUGUAUUAAAUCAGCUAGUCACAAUACAUAAAUUAUACGAAAAUUAAACAAGGCGAAAACAGGCUAGAUAAAUAAAAAAAAAAAAACAUUUAUAAUUGACACCAAAAUUUCUAUAAUUUCAAUAAGUAAGACCCUAACAUGAAAUCCUGUGUCUAGAUUUAAUGUAUUCAAGACCGUAUCAUCUGUAUUGCUUGUAUUUUGUCAUACCAUCGUGUACUAAUUAAUAUAGUACUUUUUAGCUCACCUGUCACGAAGUGACAAGGUGAGCUUUUGUGAUCGCGCGGUGUCAGUUGUCCGUCCGUCCGUGCGUACGUCCGUCUGUGCGUAAGCUUUCACUUGUGACAUCUCUAGAGGUCACAUUUUUCAUGGGAUCUUUAUGAAAGUUGGUCAGAAUGUUCAUCUUGAUGAUAUCUAGGUCAGGUUCGAAACUGGUCAUGUGCGGUCAAAAACUAGGUCAGAAGGUCUAAAAAUAGAAAAACCUUGUGACCUCUCUAGAGGCCAUAUUUUCAUGAGAUCUUCAUGAAUUUUGGUGAGAAUGUUCACCUUGAUGAUAUCUAGGUCAAGUUCGAAACUGGGUCAUGUGGGGUCAAAAACUAGGUCAGUAGGUAUAAAAAUAGAAAAACCUUGUGACCUCCCUAGAGGCCAUAUUUUUCAUGAGAUCUUCAUGAAUGUUGGUCAGAAUGUUCACCUUGAUGAUAUCUAGGUCAAGUUCGAAACUGGGUCAUGUGGGGCCAAAAACUAGGUCAGUAGGUCUAAAAAUAGAAAAACCUUGUGACCUCUCUAGAGGCCAUAUUUCUCAAUGGAUCUUCAUGAAAAUUGGUGAGAAUGUUCACCUUGAUGAUAUCUAGAUAAAGUUUAAACUGGGUCACGUGGGGUCAAAAACUAGGUCAGUAGGUCUAAAAAUAGAAAAACCUUGUGACCUCUCUAGAGGCCAUAUUUCUCAAUGGAUCUUCAUGGAAAUUGGUCAGAACAUUCACCUUGAUGAUACCUAGAUCAAGUUCGAAACUGGGUCACGUGGGGUCAAAAACUAGGUCAGUAAGUCUAAAAAUAGAAAAACCUUGUGACCUCUCUAAAGGCCAUAUUUCUCAAUGGAUCUUCAUGAAAAUUGGUCAGAUGUUUACCUUGAUGAUAUCUAGGUUCAGUUCGAAACUGGGUCACGUGGGGUUAAAAACUAGGUCAGUAGAUCUAAAAAUAGAAAAACCUUGUGACCUCUCUAGAGGCCAUAUAUUUCAUGAGAUCUUCAUGAAUAUUGGUCAGAAUGUUCACCUUGAUGAUAUUUAGGCCAAGUUCGAAACUGGGUCACGUGGGGUCUAAAAAUAGAAAAACCUUGUGACCUCUCUAGAGGCCAUAUUUCUCUAUGGAUCUUCAUGAAAAUUGGUGAGAAUGUUCAGCUUGAUGAUAUAUAUGUCAGGUUUGUAACUGGGUCAUGUGCGGUCAAAAAUUAGGUCAGUAGGUCGAAAAAUAGAAAAACCUUGUGACCUCUGUAGAGGCCAUAUUUUUCACGAGAUCUUCAUGAAAAUUGGUGAGAAUGUUCACCUUGAUGAUAUCUAGGUCAAGUUUAAAAGUGGGUCACGUGCCUUCUAAAACUAGGUCAUUAGGUCAAAUAAUAGAAAAACCUUGUGACCUCUCUAGAGGUCAUAUUUUUCAAUGGAUCUUCAUGAAAAUUGGUCAGAAUUUUUUAUCUUGAUGAUAUCUAGGUCACAUGUGCUCAAAAACUAGGUCACUGUGUCAAAUAAUAGAAAUAACGACGUCAUACUCAGUUCAACACUGGGUCAUGUGGGGAUAGGUGAGCGAUUCAGGACCAUCAUGGUCCUUUUGUUCUUUAAAAUUUCUGACGCAUAUUAUCUGCCUGUAAAGUCACUUGUCAAUACAUUUUUGAAGAAUGGAAUUUUGCUUGUCUGGCUUAUUGUACCAAGUUUGCUAAAAACUUACAUUUGAAGAGAACUUAUAUAUUGCUUAUAACUUACCAGGAAAGCCUGGUUUAUCCUGUUUCUUCUGAAUUAAGUUGAUAGUUGUUCCACUUAGCUUAUGUCUAGCUGUAAUGAUAUUUAAAUAUUGAGAUGGGCAGUAGAUUAUAUCUACAUUCUCUGAACUCUGUUUGAGACAAGGUAUAUAUGUCACUCUUGCACAGUCUGUGGUUUAGUGAUUAAAAUCAGUGACUACAAAUCAUGUGUCCCUCACCACUGUGGAUUCGAAACCUCACUGGGGUGUAGAAUUCAAUGGUACGAGGAAACCAUUUGCUGCCUUAUGAAAGGUCAGUGGUUUUACCCAGGUGUGUGUCAGUGAUGAAAUAAUGCCUCUCCACCAUUAAAGCUGGAAAGUUUCCAUAUGACCUGUAAUUAUGUUAGUGUGAUUCUAAAACUUGCAGAAUAACAAACUCUGUAUAAUCAUUACACACUGUUAAUCCUUUUUGUUACAGCUACAGCUUAAAGUAUCAAAAACAUUUUGCUCAAAUUAGAAACACCUUGUUGAUUUUAUUUACAGUAUUUUUUGUAUUUUUUCUUUCUUCCUGGGUAGGUACAUACUUUUCUUAAUAUUUCUAACUGGUUAUAGGUUUUAGUAAUGAGUCAGCUUAAAAUAUAAUUAUGAAAUUGUGUUCUAUUUUUAUGCAAAAGAUAGGAUAUGCCAUAAUAUAUCAAAUUGUAUGCAUCCAGUUUCAGUGUACAACAAUGUAGUUCUGCUAUCGUGAAUGUAUCUGUAGCUUCAUGUAUUAAAGGGAAAGGCAAUGUUGUUUUGAUGUUAAUUCCAUCUGCUGGGAUUUCUUUAACAUUUACAGAAGUGAAAGAAAUUUCAAAAUCGACUUAAAAAUGAGAAAGUUAUGAGCAUUUAAAUAUUUUAUCAAAAUGGUGGCCAUUUUGUUUCCAUGGCAACAAAAAACAAAAUGGCGGAUUUAAUAAAUUUCUAGACAAAUAUUCGAAUUGUAUUUACUUAUUUCUAUAAAAUAAUUUCUCUAUUCUUUCAAGCUAUAAUGAAAGAAAUUGCCAUGCUUUAUAUCUUACACUCAAGAAACAUAUAAAAUUAAUUUAUUUAAAAGGUCAUUUGCUGAAUAAAGAAUUCAGCAGUGUUUAAAUGACGUCAUAAACACACAGAAUGGCUGCCUCCAUGAUUAGUAAUUUUCUUAAAUUUCAAACUGCCAUAUAUCUUUUUCAAUAGUGGUCUGAUUUUAAAAAUUCUUUUAGCGUUAUGAAAUGCUUGAGGAUGGCUUUCAUGUGAAAUUAACUUAUUGUCAGGCUUUCCUUGUCCUUUCAAACUAAAUGUGUGUGUCUAUUGUAGCUAGGGCUAUUUUCACAUAGGCUUUAUAAAGUGACUUCUUGGUAAGCAGCCUUAUUGGUGAUGUAAGAUCUCAUCAAACAUGAGAGUUUGUAUUUUAGGACAUUAUACUGAUUAACCCUUAUCCUGCUAAAUUUCUGCAAAGGCAGAAUCAAUCAUGUCCAGCAUGGUAAGGGUUAAUAUUCAUGAAUAUUUUUAAUUUGUGAGUGGCAUUGUGAAUAUAAGCGGACAUAAAAUGAGCUGCGCCAUGAGAAAACCAGCCUAGUGCAUUUGCGACCAGCCUGCGCAUCCACACAGUCUGGUCAGGAUCCAUGCUGUCAAAUUAUGCCCCCUUGUGGACUUAGAAAAUUUUGGUCUCUAAAACUAAUGCAGAUAUUGAAUUGAAGCUUCACAUGUGCCUUGGGGGUUAUAAAACUAGUUGAUAGCUGCAAGUCAAAUUAUGCCCACUUUUGAACUUAAAUCUCUUUUGAUAUUUAACAUUUUAGGUAAUAUUUUCCUGCUUCUGGGACAAUAUUUCGAAUAUUUGAGCUUGGCUGUCUUACGGACAGCUCUUGUUGUACAAUGCAGUAAUGGAUAGGUUGUGAAACUGUAUGCAGAUAUGUUUGCGAGAGUUUAAGUUUGGCUAUAUUUUUGAAGUCCUGCACUUGCAAAUAUAAAUCCUUGCAUAAUUAUUAACUACUAGUGUAAUGCAAACUACAAAAAUCUAGUUAUUGCAAAAAUUUCCCCAACAUAUCAAAUUGAAACAGUUAUAUGUAUGAAAAUCAGAUAUGUUCUGUGUUUUUCAUAAAAUAUGUGCUUUCAGUAAUAUUAUAAGACAGUAUAAUUCACAAAAUUUUGAUGCAGUGAAAAUAUGUGCUUUUACAGUAUAUGGAUUUUUAGCUCACCUGUCACGAAGUGACAAGGUAAGCUUUUGUGAUCGCGCGGUGUCCGUCGUCACUCUAGAGGUCACAUUUUUUGUGGGAUCUUUAUGAAAGUUGGUCAGAAAGUUCAUCUUGAUGAUAUCUAGGUCAAGUUCGAAACUGGGUCACAUGCCAUCAAAAACUUAGUCAGUAGGUCUAAAAAUAGAAAAACCUUGUGAACUCUCUAGAGGCCAUAUAUUUCAUGAGAUCUUCAUGAAAAUUGGUCAGAAUGUUCUCCUUGAUGAUAUCUAGGUCAAGUUUGAAAUUGGGUCACGUGCCUUCAAAAACUAGGUCAAUAGGUCAAUUAAUAGAAAAACCUUGUGACUUCUCUAGAGGCCAUAUUUUUCAUGGGAUCUGUAUGAAAGUUGGUCUGAAUGUUCAGCUUGAUGAUAUCUAGGUCAAGUUCGAAAGUGGGUCAUGUGCCAUCAAAAACUAGGUCGGUAGGUCAAAUAAUAGAAAAACCUUAUGACCUCUCUAAAGACCAUAUUUUUCAUGGGAUCUGUAUGAAAGUUGGUCUGAAUGUUCAUCUUGAUGAUAUCUAGGUCAAGUUCGAAACAAGGUCAUGUGCGUUCAAAAACUAGGUCAGUAGGUCUAAAAAUAGAAAAACCUUGUGACCUCUCUAGAGGCCAUACUUGUGAAUUGAUCUCCAUAAAAAUUGGUCAGAAUGUUCAUCUUGAUGAUAUCUAGGUCAAGUUUGAAAGUGGGUCACAGGCCAUUAAAAAGUAGGUCAGUAGGUCAAAUAAUGAAAAAACCUUGUGACCUCUCUAGAGGCCAUAUUUUUCAUGGGAUCUGAAUGAAAGUCGGUCUGAAUGUUGAUCUUGAUGAUAUAUAGGUCAGGUUUGAAACUGGGUCAACUGCGAUCAAAAACUAGGUCAGUAGGUCUUAAAAUAGAAAAACCUUGUGACCUCUCUAGAGGCCAUACCCUUGAAUGAAUCUUCAUGAAAAUUGGUCAGAAUGUUCACCUUGAUGAUAUCUAGGUCAAGUUUGAAAUGGGUCACGUGCCUUAAAAAACUAGGUCAGUAGGUCAAAUAAUAAAAAAACCUUGUGACCUCUCUAGAGGCCAUACUUUUCAUGGGAUCUGUAUGAAAGUUGGUCUGAAUGUUCAUCUUGAUGAUAUCUAGGUCAAGUUUGAAACUGGGUCAGCUGCGGUCAAAAACUAGGUCAGUAGGUAAUCUUCAUGAAAAUUAGUGAGAAUGUUCACCUUGAUGAUAUCUAGGUAAAGUUCAAAACAGGGUCACGUACCUUUGAAAACUAGGUCAAUAGGUCAAAUAAUAGAAAAACCUUGUGACCUCUCUAGAGACCAUAUUUUUCAAUCGAUCUUCAUGAAAAUUGGUCAGCAUUUUUAUCUUGAUAUUAUCUAGGUCAAGUUCAAAACUGGGUCACAUGAACUCAAAAACUAGGUCACUAUGUUAAAAUAAUAGAAAAAACGACGUCAUACUCAAAACUGGGUCAUGUUGGAAGAGGUGAGCGAUUCAGGACCAUCAUGGUCCUCUUGUUAAAAUAUAUUGACUUAUGUAAUAGUUUCUCUAUAUUCCAUUCAAGUACUAUAGAAAUAGGGUUUUUUAGCAAUAAGUUUGUUCAUUGCAGACAUUUUGAGUGAACUUUUAUCAUUGUCAGAAAAUACAGUAUAACACCAGUGACAUGAGCAGUGAUAACUCUAUCACCCAGGCUUGCUCAAGCAAUUCAUGGGUCACUGACCAUUUUCUUUAUAGUUUCUACAUUCAGAUUGCUCAAAAUUCUGAAUAACUCAAGUAUUUGCUCGUCCCCAUGCAAGCUCUAGUGAUAGUUGUUUUACUGUAUCUGUAUAAUGACUUAUCAGGUGAAUCUAGAUACUGGCAGGAGCUUUUGUUAUUUAAGUCGAGGCAUGCUCUAAUUAGACAUUUAGAUUUGUAUAAAUGUAACCUAUCUAUAGCAAGUUGUGAAUUUUUAGGUAUUCAGUCAAACAUAGGUAGAUAAAUUUGACUGUCUUACACAAAGUUUGGUGAUAAAUGCAUAUUUGGCAUUACAAAAUAACAAGGAGAUUUAUUAUUUGAUCUACCUUUUCUGUAAGAAUGAUUUUCCCAGAUUUCUUUUUAAAUAAAAGACAGUGCCAUUGAUUUCUUUUGUUAUUUUAAAGAACUUUAGUUAAGGAAAUAUGAUCAUUUUAAAGUUUCAAAAUAUGGUGAUUAGCUUUGAAUUUAUCGCCAAAACAUGAUUUUGUUGGGAUAUUUUCCAUUGU